AUGGCCCCAGGUCCUCUCUCUGGUCCAGUUGUCUUUUGGUGCUUUUUUUCAAAACAAAGAAUAAUGUUUCGUUGUGGUCGAGGAAGGUGUUUUGCAAACAACUAUAAAGAUUUCUCUGGAACGUUGGGAAAUGUCGAGUAUCUCAAAAAUCUCAUUCCAAAUGUUUUGCAGUUAAUUGAAAAACAAAGCCCUCCUGAACGUUCGAGUUGUGACGGAGGUCUGUAUGUCGGUGGUGCUGGUAUUGGGUACGCUUUUUAUGCUGUAGCUGAGAGCUCUGCACAGUUUCCAGUGGCAAAUACACGGGAGGAUUGUCUCAGAAAGGCCCUCGAGUACAUGAAGGUACGAUUGAUUAAGACAUCAUUUCCACACAAACGCAUAAAACCAAACAAAAACGCUAGCAUAAGAUAAAUUUUGUGAUCAUAGAAAGAUGUGAAAGUUUUUUUUUUUUUAAUAUCCAGCCCCCAGCCCCAUACCAUGAAUAAAAUUUUCAAAAGGGUGGGGGAGAGGGGUGUUAGGGGGCUAGUCAACUCACCUUAUCCUUUGGAAGGGGGUUGGUGGCAAUGUAGACAGAGGUGGUCCAAGAGUCCAAGCUAUUUGGGAGCCGUCAACAUAAGUAUGACUUUGUGUAACAGAGUAUUUUUAAAAGUUUGUUAGGGAAAAACUUUUUCAUAUAAAAAUUAAUUGUACCAUUUCUUCUUCUGUAACUGUGGAAAUUCAUUCAAACUUAUUUGCUUUGGCAGUGGUGUGUAAACUUGAUCUGAUAACCAGUUACUCUUUCUCUUUUUGGCUUGCCCCUCUCUAUAUAUUUUCCUGAAAAUCUUUUGUAUGAAAUAAAGAAAUAUUGAAAAUUUUAACCUUAAAAACAGCCAAAGGGUCUAGGAUUUUGUCCAACUUUAAACGAUUAUUUUUUAAAACAAAUUGGAAGGAGACCAAGCUCAUGCAUUAUCCACUCACUCGCUAGGACAAUUAUUGGAUGAGGUUGAACAAAAUACCAUGAUUUGUCAGUGGCGAGCAGAUCAAUUAUUAUUAUUACCUCAGCCUUUGGCUUUGGCAAAUACCAUAAAAUUCCGAAAAUAAGCCCCUCCAUGCAUAAGCCCCUCCAAAUAUAAGCCCUCCAAACCAGUAAUCCAAAAGACCCUCCAUGAAUCACCCCUUCAAAUAUAAGCCCCCCAGGGGCUUGUACUUGGAAAAUUACCCUCAAAUACAAAGUAAUACAAAGCAAAAACAGUAAAUUUAAUUCCAACUAUAAGGCUAGCCCAGAAUUUUACGGUAAUUUAUUGAUCUACGAGACACUGACAAAUCACAAUAUUUUGCGAUAACUGAGUUCAAUAAUUGUUCUAUCAUUCAAUCACCAAGUUUGUUUUUUAAUAAAUAUCUUCAGGAAGCAAAGCAAUCUGCCAUUUUUCACACAAGAGCAACCAGAAGAAGGAGAAAAGUGUGGUUUUGUUUACACAUGAGCAGAAUAUUAUUAAUUGCAGCCAAGCACAGUUAGAUGACAUAUUGCACAUGAGCAGACCAUAAUUUGUAGGCAGUUAUUUGCAGGUCUCAUAGUUGGCUUUCGGCCUACGAAAAGUGAAGAACAAUUUGCAUACAAUGAUGAUGUUGAAUAGCUGUCCGAUGGCGAACCAAUCAGAUUGCUUUAAAGACCAAGAUCACUGAGUGUGUAUAUUAAUUUUCAAGGCUGUGCUCUAAGGAAAAUUGAGGGGUACUCUGAACCUGUAAUCUAGGGUGCCCAGCAUAUGAUUUGUAUGAAAAAUCUGAGAUUUUCUAGUCACCCAGGAGCAAAAGUUGGGCACCAGGGGCCACCAGGCCCUUCUAGAGCACAGCCCUGAUUUUGAUUUAAUACUAAUUUUAUUGGAAUCAACAAUUUCAUAUUUUGUAGGUAAGCCUUCAAGACGUAUCCAAAAUUAGUCCUCAAGAAGAUGGGAUUGGGGCAUCUUUCCUUCUGGGACACGCAGGGCUGUAUGCUGUGUCAGCACUUGUCUUUAAUGCCUUAGGUUUGUGUGUGUUUUGUUGUUGUUGUUCUUUCGGAGAGUGAACCAUCCAGAGGGUAUAGUGAUUGAAGUAUAAACAGACCUUUUCUUCAAAAGUUGUGAUUGUGAAAUUUGUUAUCAUUAUCAUUAUCAUUACUACUACUACUGGAAUUGAGAAGGUGGCAUGAAAUUAAUUUUAACGUUUUUUUUUUUAAAUAACUUAUAGACCACCAACAAGAGGCAGACUAUUGCAUUCAGAAAUUUUUAGAGAUGGGCAACAUCUGCCGUCCUAUAAACUUCUUCCCGCCUGGUUCUGACGAACUGUUUGUUGGAAGAGCUGGCUACUUG